UUUAAUUAUUGAAUCUAAAUAUUUCCCAAAGACGAAUUCAUAAUUAAUAAGAAAAAAAUACGUUUCUUCAAAAAAAAAAUAUAUUAUUCAAAAAAUUAAACUGACUUCUCUUUCAUCUCUAAAAAUACAAAAUAUUUUCUGAAAUAAAACGCUGUCGUAUGUAGUAACCAGUAACUACUAAUCAGACUAGAUUCGCUGCAGAAUCGCUACUCGCUCGUCUUCUUCCCCGACCAAAAUGGCGGUGCAAUUAAACACAACAAUAAUCGACCAAACAAACUCAAGAGAGGAAGAAGAAGAAGAAGAAGAAGAAGAAGUUAUAAUCAAGUUAAAAUCUCAAAUUGCUUCUCUCAAAAGCAAAGUCAAGGAAUUGGAAGCUGAGAACGCUAAAUUAUCUUCUACACUCGCAAAUUGUCGAUGCAAUCAGGCAGAGGAGAAGCUUAAUGUAUCUACUGGAGAGCAUAACAUUAAGAAUAUUAAGAAGAAAACAAUAGAGAAAAAUUCAGGUCAUGCCACAACGAUAAUGAAUCACCAUUUGAAAAGAUAUGUUGCUCUAAAAGUCAUGUAUUUUGGUCAAAGGUUUUAUGGCUUUUCUUCAGAGGGACAAAUGGAUCCGACUGUUGAGUCUGAGAUUUUCAAAGCUCUUGAAAGGACAAGGCUUUUAAUUGGUGACAAGAAGGAGAUACAGUAUUCACGAUGUGGUAGAACAGAUAAAGGAGUUUCUGCUGUUGGGCAAGUGAUUGCUUUAUUGUUACGAUCCAAAGUCAAGGACAUUGAUGAAAUCGGCAAAGUUUUUGGGGAAACUGCUUCCCAGAAACAUAGUGAAGGAGAAAUUGAUUACGUGAGAGUAUUGAAUCGAGUCCUUCCAAAUGAUAUUCGAAUUAUUGGCUGGUGUCCUGUUCCAAAUGAUUUUAGUGCAAGGUUUAGCUGUCUAAGUAGGGAGUAUAAGUAUUUCUUUCGGGGUGACAAUUUGAAUCUCUUGGCUAUGGAGAGUGCAGGUAAGAAAUUCAUUGGGGAGCACGACUUCAGAAACUUUUGUAAGAUGGAUGCAAUGAACGUUCACAACUAUAGGCGGAAUAUAACCUCAUUUGAAAUUUCUCCUUGCCAUGAGAGGUAUGAAGGCAAUCAACUUUUUGCAAUAAAAAUUAGAGGUAGUGCUUUCCUGUGGCACCAAGUCCGGUGUAUGGUUGCUGUGCUAUUUAUGAUCGGACAAGGUCUUGAAUCCCCUGAUGUGAUAGAUGUAUUAUUGGAUACUGUCAGGACACCAAGGAAACCCCAGUAUCCCAUGGCUCCAGAAAUUCCAUUGGUUCUUCACUCCUGUGAUUUUGAAGGCCUUCAGUUUACAUGUUCAACAGAUGCUGGGAAAGCUCUGCGUACUCACUUGGAGAAUGAGUGUCGACUAUACCAACUUCAAGCUGCUAUCUUUCAUGAGGCUAUAUUCAGCUGUUUGCCAUUAUCAAAUGGUAGGAGCUUGUCAAAUAAUGGAACUUGCGAAAAGAAAGCUUCCCAUGUUCCUCUGAUGUUGAGGCCAACUGAGCCAUCGUACGAAGAACGUCGCCUUAAACUGGAAAAUAUGAAGUCAAGAGCCUGUUGACUUAUCAAUUGGAGUUUAACUGGUUGACAUAUGGAAGUUUUGCUGCAUUAAUUUAUCAAUACAGGUUUUGUUCUAUGAUAGUAUCUUUAUAUUUCUGGACAAGCUGUCUGAUUGGCUACACGAAUUUUUUUUUUUUUUCGUUAUUUGUUUGCUGACAGUGUAUUAUUCAUUUACGCAUGCACUUCUUUAUCAAUGUUUCUUCAUGGACUCACGGUUACACCUACAAACUUUCAUAUUUACAACUGGGUAGCUGCUUAAUAUUUA